AAUAACCUAGUUCUGCAAUAUCUAUAAUAAUUCCUAGUAUUUUCCGACCUGGUCAAGGAUCAUUCACUGUCAAUUUUUACUAAAAUUGACAAAAAAGAUACUGUCCGAGAUUGCACAAUCAUCACCACCUCAUCCCCCCACCCCUCCACCCUACCCUCAACCUGCUUAUAAACCUGAGCACCUGCAAAAUUUCACUGUUCCUCUCUACCAUACACACUGCAAAUACACAUGCAUGUUUGAGAAAAUCACAUAUAAAGGCAGAGUUCAAUUCUUGAGUGGAAUUUUUUAAGUUUUAGGGUUUCUUUGAAUUUGAUUUUGAAUUUGGGGUUUGGAAUUCAAGCCCCUGUUUUUCCCAUUGGGAAAUUUGGGAGAUUGGAUCUCUUCUUCUUUGUCUCGAAUUGAAUCCCUUACUCAGUCAGAUUUGUUGAUUUGAAGCCGUUGGAAGUUGUACGCAAGACUCCGUUCAUGGCUUCAUACAGGCCAUUCCAUCCGCCGCCGCAGUCCACAUUUGCUCCGCCGCCGCCACCUCCGCCAAAUCAAAAUCCUUUGCAGCCUCCCGCACCACCACAGCCAUCACGCGGCAGCAAUCAGUAUUCGCAGAAUUGGGGUCCUUACAGCGGCAACGAGGGUUCGAAUUACAAUCAGAACUAUUCCCAGACAAACCCGAGCUCCAAUUAUCCAGGUUCAGGCUAUGGAUCCUCGUCAUCGCAACAGCAGCAUUUUAACCCUCCGGCGAGAAAUCCCCUUCCACCGCCACCUCAACAGCAGUCCUUUCCCUAUCAGCCUCCGCCUCCACCUCCGCCACCAGAAUCUUCUUCUUACCCUCCUCCACCUCCUCCGCCGCAGCAGGCUGCAGCACCUCCAAUGUACUACCCGUCAUCUCAGUAUUCUCAGUUCAAUCAGCCUCCACCUUUGCAGCCACCACCUCCGCCACCUCCUCCAUCAUCACCUCCUCCACCACCCCCACCAUCACAACCCUUAUCACCUCCACCUUUGCCUUCUGCUGGACCACCUGCAGGUAUGAGCAGGGAGAAUAGGCAACCCAAUCCUGGGGCUUCAGUUAAAAAAGAGCAGAAGCCUCCGUUGCCGCUGAGUGGUAGGAAAUCAAGUGGGCAUGGGCAAUUGGGUAGGGUUGAGACAGAGGAAGAAAGGAGAAUAAGAAAAAAAAGGGAGUAUGAAAAGCAGAAACAAGAGGAGAAACUCAAGCAGCAUUUGAGGGAGUCUCAAAAUAAAGUUCUACAAAAGACCCAAAUGUUGGCCUCUGGGGCCAAGGGCCAUGGGUCCAUUAGUGGAUCACAUAUGGGUGAUAGAAGGAGUACUCCAUUACUAAGUGGCGACAGAGUCGAAAACAGAUUGAAGAAGCCGACAACAUUCCUCUGCAAAUUGAAGUUCCGAAAUGAACUCCCUGAUCCAUCUGCAAAGAUGAAGCUUUUGACUCUAAAAAGAGAUCCAGAUCGAUACUGCAAGUAUCAAAUUACAUCAUUGGAGAAAAACUGGAAGCCUCAGCUUUAUGUGGAACCAGAUCUUGGGAUACCACUAGACCUUCUUGAUCUGAGUGUAUACAACCCUCCGAAGGGAGAAAGGAUACCCCUUGAUCCAGAGGAUGAGGAGUUGCUGCACGAUGAUGAUCCUAUUACUCCAAUUAAGGCUGAUGGCAUAAAAAAGAAAGACAGGCCUACAGACAAAGGUGUUUCUUGGCUUGUCAAAACUCAGUACAUAUCUCCGCUCAGUAUGGAUUCAACUAAGCAGUCUUUGACUGAAAAACAAGCGAAAGAGUUGCGAGAGUCUCGAGGUAGAAACCUUUUGGAGAAUCUCAACAGUAGGGAAAGGAAAAUUAAGGACAUUGUGGCUUCAUUUGAGGCAUGCAAGUCCAAGCCUGUUCAUGCAGUCAAUCCCCAACUACAACCAAAAAGGGUUCUUCCCCUCUUACCUGAUUUCGAUAGGUAUGAUGACCAGUUCGUGGUGGCGAAUUUUGACAGUGCUCCGACUGCUGACUCAGAAAUAUACAGAAAAUUAAGUGCAGCAGAACGUGAUGAGUAUGAAAACAGAGCCAUCAUGAAAAGUUACGUGUCCUCAAGCUCUGAUGCAGAGAAACCUUAUAAGUUUUUGGCAUACAUGGUGCCAUCAGUUGAUGAGCUAGAGAAGGACAUGUAUGAUGAGAAUGAAGAUAUUUCGUAUUCAUGGGUCCGCGAGUACCAUUGGGAUGUCCGCGGUGAUGAUGUGGAUGAUCCAACGACAUACCUUAUGACAUUCGGCGAAACUGAAGCGAAGUACUUGCCUCUUCCAACAAAGCUCAUCCUAAGGAAAAAGAGGGCAAGAGAGGGAAAAUCAGGUGACGAAGUGGAACAUUUCCCUGCGCCAAAAAGAGUGACUGUAAGGAGGCGGUCCACUGCAGCUGCCGUGGAGUUGAGAGAAGAAGGGGACUAUGUGGCCUCAAAGAGUAGCAAUAGAGGAAGAAGCGGAAGGGGAGGCAUGGACGGUAGCGAUGGACGACUGCGUAGAAUUGUUCAGGACGCAGAUGCUGAUAAUUACAGUGGAGCAGAGGACGAUAUGUCCGAGUAGUUUUUCUUGGUAAUAAUAGGAAUGAUGAAAGAUUCAGGGGAAAAGUACAAGAUUAUGGCACAAGAUUGUUUUGUUUUUUUUUUCGUUUCUUUCUUUCUUUCUGGUGGUGUGCAGGUAAAUUGAUAUUUAGACUACAGUGUUCUUGAAUCUUAAUUAUCAAAGUAAAGGAACUACAUUGAUUAUAGGAA